AUGGGCUGUUUGGAUGAAGGAAAUGGGGACAUUGAAAAUGGAGUGAAUAUAGGGUGUGGUGAAGUUGGUUUUGAGGAAGAAGCAAAGCCAGAUAUUGCUGCCAUUGAGGAGGCUGUAAAGGUGCUGUUGCUAGGUCUUGGGGAAGAUAUCAACAGGGAAGGGCUUAGGAAGACACCACUUCGGGUUGCCAAAGCCUUUCGUGAGGGAACCAGAGGUGACCAUGUCUAUGAAUGUUUUGGACUUAUGAUUUUCAUUCUAGACAUGUUUAGACAAACUGAAGAACUUACUAAAAAAGAAAAUAAGGAAGGGAAAAUGGAUUGAACUUCUUCUUAAAAUUCAUUGUACAGUCUGGAAAAUCUAGAUGAUAAAAUUUUAGCUUAUCAGAUAAAUUCAAUUAAUCUUGCGUUUUUUGUUUUCUUUUCCUUUAAGUGUUUGGUGGAGUCUUACUUUAGCCUGAUGAAGGAUGAUGAUUUGAUUAAUGUCACUCAUGGUUGUUUCGUUGGUGUUCCUUUUAUUGUUUCACGAGUCAUGUUCUUGAAAGAUAUUUUUGUCCCUUCUUUAGAUUAAGAUUGAAUCUGGUGUUGAGAGUUAUAAUUUUUUUU